AUGGCAAACGCAGCGGAUAGUCAGCCUUUCUUCGAGCAACAUGCUCGCAAGAUCGGAAUGGAGCAGCCACUCUUGGACAAAUUCAUAGCUGGAGGGGUCAAGACGGUGUCCAUGGCGGCCUAUGCCGCCACUCAACCGGGUCAACCUCUCACAGAUAGGGAGGUCUCCACUCUAUGUACGAGUCUGGGGCAGAACAACCCCACUCUUGCACAGAUGACAGUUGUCAAGAGGCUCCUGUUUGAGUGCCAGACCAUGAGCUUGGCAAACUUGAAGGCAACCGUGGAACAGCAGCCGGACUCAGUCCUACGUAAGCUGCCAGGAGCUGAGAGAGCCCAGCGCCUGGAAUUGCAGGCUCAAAGGCUGGGCGGACUCUCGAUUGAGCAUGACUUAGAGCCCGCCUUUUCAGUAUAUGAUGCUGUGUCGACACAAGUAGAGCAAGGGUCGCUGAAAUACCUGCAUCCGAGCAAGAUCCCCACGCGUCGCCAGGAAUUGGCGCAAGGCAAGCCAACCAAGGAACUUGUGCUGGACGCUUCGGGGGAUGGCCUCUCGGUUCAAGACAAAUCCUCUAAAGUAGAGGCCCAGUUGGCGACUUACAGGGCGCUGCAAAGACGGGGUCUGGCCUACGACCUCGUUGGCAUUUUGAGUUUCAAGGUGCACGAGAAAUGGCUUCAGAAGGCCUUUGCUACCUUGCAGACCCCACCGCCCCCAGGCUUCAACCGUCCGACGCUGCAGCAGGUCCUGCGAGCAGAUCGGGCCUUGUGGAUGGAGCUUGGCAGCAAACAGCCGACCCUGACAAGGGCAGCGGCGAACGCGCCGCUCGCGGACGCCCGGUGCUUAGAUCAAGUCUUUCUGGAAGCCACCAACACGGUUGCAGUCAAUUUCCACUUCAUGCCGACACCUCGUGUGGAAGGGUUCCCAGAUAGAGGAGGCAAAGGCGCUGGCAAGGGCCCCAAGCGCUGGGGCGACGGAAAAGGGUACGGACAAUGGAAAUAUCAGAGGACCGACAAAGGAGACAAGGGCCAGGGAGGCAAAUCAGGCCUCAAGGGGGCCCGCCUCCCCACAAAAGGAAAAUUUGACAGUGGCAAGGGAGGCUUUCCGAACAAGUCCCUUGUCUUGCAAGGAGGCAAGGGGGAGACCCCCAUGCCGGCCGCCUUGCGAGGCGGAGUGCCGAACGACGAGCAAGGAGAGCCUCUUUGUUUUGGCUUCAACCUAGGACAGUGCAAGGACGUUGCUUCCGGAAGCAUCCCUUUUCUGAGCACAAGCAUUCAGGCGGACAGGCCCGAAGAGAGCUGCAAGGACUCGUACCCUGCUGCUUUUGCGAAAGGGCAAGAGAAGCAGCCCCCGCUCAAGCGGGUGGCUGAGCCAAUCCCACAAUUUUCCAAGCCUCCAGCCGAGGCUUCUGCAUUUUCACCUCAGGCGAGUCAUCACGGCGCGCAGAGGUCUGGGCAAGCGCAAUGUACUGCGCCCCAGACCAUACAGGAGUGUUGGGUUUUGGAAAUUUUCGCGGGGUCGGCCGGGAUUACCUCGGCAGCUGCUUCAGCCGGCCUCAAGCGGUCAGUCGGAGUAGACAAUGUCCGCAUGCCGAGGCGCAAGGGCAAGAUCAUACAGCUGGACUUGCUCCUGUUGUCGCACCAAGGUCUUCUGUGGAAAUGGCUGGGUUCUCCAGGACUGGUCGCCGUAUGGCUGGCGCCGCCCUGCGGCACAUCCAGCAGGGCCAGGGAAAUCCCGUGUCCGGGGGAGGACGAGCCGCGUCCUUUGCGGUCAGUGGAGUGCCCGGAAGGGCUCCCAGGCCUUGGCCCAAGCGAUGCAGAAAGGGUGGCAAAGGCUAACGAGCUUUACCGGCUCACGGCCCGAAUCUGGGGCUUCUGCUGCGAAAAUGACAUUGUGGUAAUCAUAGAGAACCCCUAUCGCAGUUUCUUCUGGCAUUGCAGCGCCAUUGAACACAUCCUCAGGAGUGAACAGGCGAUCGUGGUCCAGUGCGACUUUUGCAUGAUGGGAGGUUCGAGAUUAAAGCGGACGGCCCUGCUGUGCAACAGCGACCUCAUCACAGGCCUGGCUGUCACGUGUGAUGGAUCCCACGAGCACCUGCCCUGGAAAGUGCAAGAGGGAGUUCUCGCAACAAAGCUUGAGACUGCGUGUCCACACCAGUUUUGUAAGCACUUUGUUUCCCUGCUGCUGCAGCAUCUGUUAUCCCCGAAUUUCGCAGACGAAUCAGAUGGACAGAUCCCGGGCUUCAAGGCGCCAGGAGCCCCGGCGCUGAGAGUGACGCCCCUACUGUCUUCUGCGACGGAUGUACUGGUGGAGGUGAUUGAGACUCGAGCUGCGCAGUCACGGAGAUGGCUCCAGCGAGCCCAGGAGCUGCAGUUAGCUGAAGACGACUUCAAAGCCAAGCUGCCCGAGCACAUACGCAGCAGCCUCCGUAACAAGAGAAUACUGCUCUUCAAAGAGAUGCUGGAAGCAUCCCACUACGCCGACAAGGCAGUGGCGGACGACCUGGCACAGGGUUUUGACCUUGUGGGGCAUUUAGACCUUCCGGCAGGCUGGUCCACCGACUUUCGUCCAGCAUUCCUCUCCCUGAAGGACCUGUCCCAACUGACGCAGGAGACGAACCACCAGGUCAUCAAGGAAGUUGAGGACUCAUCUCAGUUCUUGGAAGAACUGUGGCAGAAAAGUCUCGAUGAAGUGUCAAAAGGCUGGUCGGAAGGACCUUUCCGAGAGCAGGACUUGCCACAAGGAGCUGUAGUCAGCAAACGUUUUGCGAUCCAACAAGGAAACAAGGUCAGGCCGAUUGACGACCUGUCCCAGAGCCACAUCAACGAGGCAUUCGGGAGCAUGGGGAAGAUCGAGUUGCAUGACAUCGAGACAAUUGCAGCGUCGGCCAUAUUGUUCCUGAGGCACGCAGGACAAGGACUGCUUGGUAAAACCAUUGACCUGAAAUCAGCAUAUAGGCAACUACCACUGUCCGAAGAGGCACUCAACAUGGCCUACGUGGCUGUCAAGGACCCCAAUUCGGGGGAGGUUCGCUUCUUUAGGCUUCGGCUUCUCUGCCUUCCAUUCGGCGCUGUGGCGGCGGUCCAUGCAUUCAUCAGGGUCAGCCUGGCUAUUUGUCAUAUAGGAAACACGUUUUGGCACUUGCCUUGGAGCUCUUUUUACGAUGACUUCACACUGUUGUCAACACGACAGCUGGCCACUAGCGCAGAGGCCAGUGCAUGUUUUCUGCUAGACUUGCUCGGCUUUGAGUUUGACAGAGACGGAGACAAGGCCCAGCCGUUCCAGGAGGGGCUACGACACUACAUAGCCGAGGCGUCGCCGAGGAUAGUGCGAGCCCAGACCUCAGAGACGGUGUACGCUUUUACGGACGCCUCGCAAGAAGGACUCCAAGGCCUCGAAAUGGGCCUGGGAGCAAUCCUGUUCAAUCAGGAGGGGCACAUCCUGUGCUGGUUUGGCAUUGUGUUACCGCAUGACCUUGCUGAGAAACUUCUGCAAGGAAAGUCUAAAGUCAUCAACGAGCUCGAGAGCAUAGCUGUUCUCCUGCUAUUCAUUCUAGCCCGAGAGUUUCUGCGGGGGAAACAUGUGAUGUGCUACUUAGACAAUGAGGCGGCGCGCAUAACGCUCCUCAAGCUGACCAGCGAUUCAGAGGCUUUGACCCUCUUGAGCAAUGCUUGUGCAUUGUUAGAACAGGAGCUUGAGAUGAUCCCGUUCUACGCUCGGGUACCCAGCAAAUCCAACGUGGCGGACGCCCCGUCUCGCCUUGACUUUACAGGGCUGCCACACAAUUGCAGGUUCCAAGACCAGGUGCUUCUUGCGGAAAUGGCCAAGCUGGUGAACUCGCUCGUCGGGCGCGGGGCCUGA